CACUCACCCUGCUUUUAACAGUAAGAACGAACGAAAGUGAGAGAGAAAGAGAGCUUAGUCUUAAGAUAGCCUAGACAACAUUGAGAAGUUUCCUGCGUGUGCUUUGGCAUUGGAUUCGUCAGGCUUGUCAAUCUGAUGGUCUGUUUAAACAGUGACGGAGGGCUUGAUGCUACAGCCGUUGUGGGUGAGAUGGUGAGAGGGGGGUAGGAGUACGGCCAUGGGCUGCACCUCGGCUAAGCAGGUGUCGGCUGUGCCCACCGACGAAGAGGGCCGGAGCAAAGCCUACAGCAACGGAGACCUCUUCAGUGAUGAAUACAAGAUGAAGGGAGUGGAGGAGGUGAAAUACAUGCAUGGAGAAGAGGACCGAGUAAAUGCACGCAACCAGGAGAACCUGGAGAAGAGUUCAAUGCAGUACAGGACCAAACAGCACAAAGAGGUGCCUGGGCCCAGCGCCAACAAGACAAACAUACACACGUCAGAGAGUCAGCAGGAGUUCUUCAGAAUGCUGGACGAGAAGAUUGAGAAGGGGCGGGACUAUUCCUCGGAGGAAGAGGACGAUGUGACAUAGCAGAAAAGACUCAAUUUUUGACAACGAUAGAAAGAGUGAACUCCAAAUCAGUGUUUCCUGUGUCUAUAACACUCGGCGUGUGUGUGCAAAUGUGUGUUUGUGUGCUUGUGAGAGUGAAAGAACGCAGGACUUUUCCUCGUAGGCUGUUGUACCCCUGACCUCUUCUCUCUUGGGCUCUUGGGCCUGCUUGGAGACGGUUGGAUAAGGAAACAAGCUUGAUUGAUGUAUUAUCAACACAGACUCACUCGUACGUAGACUCUGACGUAAUCCGAGGACCCCAAUCCCUCUGUGCUCCUGCGGCCAGCAUCGAAACGGCACUGUCUAUGACGGAGGGCCUCGUCCAGCUAACAGAGAGGGAGAGAUUUUACAGAGAAAAUCAAGAUGAAAGCAUGUGAAAAAGAAAGACGACAUGCCCUUCCAAAUCCUUAUUUAAGUGACAACCCGGAAAAAAAACACGGAGGCAGGAGAGGAGAGCUCAUGAACAACAUCCUCUGGAUGAAUGUAAAGAUGGAGUUUUGUGUUUUUUUUUCUUUUUUUGGUGGGAAUGGGAAAAUGAAAGAGAGCUAUUUUAUUAAGAGCGAUUAUACGAAUGAACUGGCUGAUUUUUAUUAUUUUGAUAAAAACGACUUGAGGUUGAGUUUUUGAAAUCUGGACUCCUGUCUUUUUGAAGGACCUUUUUUUAAUUUGUAAAGGUUGUAGGUUUGUUCCACGUAUAUGUUUUUAUCAGGACUGUGCGUUGACCCCAUAACGCUUACCUACAUAUACACUUGGAGCUUAAAUACAUUACCACACCCUCUUUCCACGCACACAUACACACAAGUUCUCACUUUCUGUUUGCAUAUCCUGCUAUUAUAUGUCAAGUUCUCAUACAUGGGAGGAAAUAUGGACAGACUAGUAACCGACAGUUAUUGUUGUCCACACAUUUACACCAAAAUAGAUCCCUUAUAGUUGAAUUAUAAAAAUAAUUCAACUUCUAGAUCCAUAUUGUCUGUUUAUGGUGCGGUUAACACAGGUAAUGGUCAAAUUGAGUCAACAUCUGUGUUAAUCUGUCAUGUUCAGUUCUGACUGUGUUAAUCUUUGUCAAAGGGAUGUAUCAUUCAGAGAGAGGUUUAACAAUUGUUAAAAAGUCCCUGUAUUUAUUUAGUUAUAAUGUUCACCCGUUUUACAUUACAUCGUCUCUGUUCCUCACCCUGCCUUUCUCGCCUCAUAAAAUCGUGGACCACCAAACCAGGAUGAAGUGAGGUGGGGUGGGGUCAGUCCGGGGACACAGCACUGGCCAGACGUCUGGCAUUGUGAUUACUGGAUUGAAUCCCUUUUAAAUUUUAUUUUCAAUGUUUCUUUUUCUAUUAAAAUGUUUGACACAAG